AACACCUCACCGCUCGUUUAUCCACCGCUGAAGACAGUCAAGAUGGCGUCCGAGGGUCAGUCCGAGUACGAGUCUGUGCUCUGUGUCAAACCUGAAGUCAACGUUUACCGGAUCCCCCCUCGAGCAUCCAACCGGGCGGUCAGGGCUGCAGACUGGAAGCUGGAUGCCCCAGACUGGCAGGGGCGUAUGCGUGUGACUGCGAGAGGGAAAGUGGCCUAUGUGAAACUGGAAGACAAAAUCUCUGGAGAGUUAUUUGCACAGGCACCAAUAGAUGAAUAUCCAGGCAUCGCCGUGGAAACAGUCAGUGACUCCAGCCGCUACUUUGUGCUUCGUAUCCAAGAUGAAAACGGCCGUAGUGCAUUCAUAGGCGUUGGUUUCGGAGACCGAGGUGAUGCGUUUGACUUCAAUGUAGCUCUCCAGGACCAUUUUAAAUGGGUCAAACAGGACAUUGAACUGAAAAAGCAAGCACAAGCUCCAGAUACGACUCCUAAACUGGAUUUGGGAUUUAAAGAAGGCCAAACAAUUACCCUAAAUAUUGGGCAAUCAAAGAAGAAGGAGCGAUCUCGCCCUCAGAGCUCCGGUGGUCUAGGGCUGCUCCCACCCCCUCCUGGAGGCAAACUGCCCCCGCCCCCCUCUUCAAGAACCACCAAUCACAACACACAGCCGGCGACAGGAGGAAGUGAGACAGGCUGUUUAUUGGAUCUAGAUUCAAACAGUUCAAAUUCAUUUGCUCCGUCGAACAUCAGCUCUACGGCGUCCGCAGAUCUGUGGGGAGAUUUCGACUCCGCGCCUCCCAAGACUCACUAUGCACUGGCUUAACAUGAAGUAGUAUCAACGUCGCGAGCCGAUGGUGCGCUCUACAUCCCUCUAGUGGCCACUUAUGGGAGCUUGUAGGAUUAGAUUAGAAAUAGUGUAAAAUAAACAGGGCUGUGCGAUAUGAAAAAGAUGCAGUAUUCUAUAACUGUAUUUUGUAAUGCAAUAGCAAUAAUGCAAUACUAUAAUUAAUUACUUAAAUUGCUACUACUAACCUUAAAUUA